AUGGCGGCGCUGGGCAACCAGCUGUACUUUACAGGCACGGCAGAGUGCGAGGCGUUUGUAGCCAACCCACUGCGGGCCGACCGCUGCCGCGAGUGCCAACAGAAGCUCGAGGAUCACCGUGAGGAAGCGGUGCCUGAGGACGCGGCGUUUGCCGUCCUCGCCGCUCGCUCGCCGGCCAAUCGGAUUGCCAGCUGGGCAGAGAUUCUGGCGCGGCGCGACGGGACUGCUGGAAGUCAAGGUGGAAGCGAGCAGGGUGGCGACACCGGGCGAGCUGCGCUGUGGCACGGAGGGUACUUGGCAUGCAAGGCCGAGUCGCUGGCGGAGAUGGGCGUGAAUCGUGUGGUGGCGACGGCCAAGGGUCUGGAGGCGUUCUUUGACGAUGGGCUCGUCAUUCAUCGGGUCGAGUGGAUUGAUGCGGAGAGCCAGGAGCUUGGCCAGGAGGAGAUUGCCAACGCGGUCUCGUUUAUGACGGACGCGCUGGCAUCGGGCCACUCGGUCCUCGUCUUUUGCGCGCAGGGCAAGUCGCGAUCGACUGCACUAGUCAUUGCCUUUCUCCUCACCACCAUCCGCUCGCUGACGUACGACGACGCUUUGGCGUGGGUGCGGAGCGCGCGGCCGCUGGCAGAGCCGAAUCCUGGGUUUGAGCGCCAGCUGCGGGCGCUGGCGGAGGCGCGAUGA